CUUUACAACUCAAAUAGCGAAAUCUUAUUAAGGAUUUUGAAAAAUGGGUUAGUCCAAUUUACUCUCAUUUUGUCAUAAAUAAUACGAUACUCCACUUAUUCAAACCUUAUCUUUCACUCUCUCUCAUAGAAAUUCAUAUCAAUUUAAACAUGAGAUUGGACCCUAUCUAAAUCAAACAGAAUCAGACCAUUACCAAUAAAGAGAAUCCAAUACUAUACUUUUAAAUACAAACUUUCAUUAUUUUGAUCUUGAAACACAACUUAUUCAAAAAUACAAUCAUUGUAUAUUCCCAUAAGACAAAUCACUUAAAACAUAUUAUAUAUAUAGCAAAUAACAUUAUAUCAAUCUAAUUAGAUAAGGUUCACCGUCUAAAUUAAAAUGAGCAGCACGGAAAUCAAUUAUUUUGAAAAAAUCAAUAUCCGAACAAUUAUCUUGGAUAAUCACAACUAAUCAACAAAGAUAACAAAAGAACACUAAUUGAUCAUACUUUCUGUUAAUGAUUAUACUAUUGUACAUAUUCAAUUAUAUCACAUACUCUAAG